AUGUCUAUAACUUCAAUUGAUACAUAUAUUAGAUUUCGUCAAAUAUUGCAAUGUUUAGUUGUGAAAAGAUCAUUUCAUCAUUUAAGUCUAUUUUUUAUUGGUCUUAAUCGUAUAACACUUACCAUGGAGUGUCCAUUACUUUCAGUAACAAGUUUUAUUGUUGAUCUUACUACAAUGUAUUGGAGUACAGUAAUACCGUUAAAUACUGAAUCAGAAGAAGCAACAUGUAUAUUUGUUAUGCUGAGAGUUAUAAAUCGAGCAUCUGGUCUGAAACUUGUUUUACAAGCAUUAAUGUCAUCAUUAAGACCUAUUGAUCAUAUUGUAAUUAUAUGCAAAUUUUAUUAUUGUGAAGGUCCAUUAGCUCAUAAUGUAACAAUACGACAACAAUCUGAAGAAAUGCUUGAUCAUCAUUGGAAAAAUCAACAACAUAAUUUUGAUCAUUUAGGGCAAGUAUGUAUUAUGCAACACAAAAAAAGAAAUCUUUUGUUUUUCUGAGGCAUUAUUAUGUAUAUUUGUUUUGUCAUGACGAGAUGGUUGGGUACAAAUGAUGUAUAAUGGUAUUGAUACUGUUGAUGUUGAUAUGCAACUAAUAAGAAAUUAUAAUACAGCAAGAUUAAUUUAUUUUAUUUCAUUUUUAUUACUUGUUGACUUUUUUGUAUUAAAUAUGAAUGUCAAGAAAAAACAACAUAUUUAACUAAAUGUACAUUAGAAUUUGAACGUAGACGAUGUCGUAAACAUGAAUUACCAUAUAAUGUACCAUGGAGAAGACGUUGACAUGAUAUAUGUAAUAGUAAAUAUUUUGAUUUAAUUAUUGCUGCUAUUAUAGCUCUUCAUGCACUGACACUAGGACUAUUAAUUUAUUUUAAAGAAAAGUAUAACAUAGUAAAUUGCUUGUAAAUAUAUAUAUUAGAUGGAAUCAAAUUCAUAUGGUUAUUGUUAUUUUAUCAAUAUCUGAUAUUGUUGUAGAAAAAAUGAAAAAUGAACAUACUUCCAAUUAAUCCAACAAUUAUACGUCUUAUGAGAGUAUUAAGAAUUACAUGAGGUAAUGAAAUUAUUCUUGAGAGUAAAAAAUCUCUUUUCAAAUUCAUCAAUGUCAAAAAUACUAGAAAUAAAGUUAUAUCGAGAAUAGAACAAAGUCAGAACCGUCUGAAAUUUAUCGAGAUCAAAUAAACUUAGUUCUAUAUGUGAUAAACACACAGCAAUCUUUGUUGUCAGUUUGAUAUUUUUCUGUCAUUGAAUAACUUCAAGAGUCGUUCGUAAUUACUACGUAAUUUAUAAGGAAGAUAUGAUCUUGGAAGAUUUGAGAAGAUCACAUGAAUAUUUUUAAGACUAUUAUGGAUAAAUAUUACUUGGUCAUUUUUUAGAAAGUUUACUUGAAUCUUAUAAAGAUGAAAGAAAGUAGUAUGACAUAUUUAUCAUCAGUACAUAACAAUUACACGAAUAUUCAAAAAUACACAUUAGAAUUUUGCAGAAAAUAUUAAAUUUUUGAAAAACUUUUUCUAUGAUUUUAGUAUUAAAACUAUUUAAAAUGGCAAAAGGUAUAAGAGCUUUAUUAAAUAUUGUUAUACAAGCUCUUCCUUACGUUGAAAACUUGGUAAAUGAACUUAUGAUUUCAAUCUUGAUAAUACAACAUGUCUUUUUUUUGUUUCUUUUCUCAUUUAAGUCUUCUAUUUUUUUCUUCCUUUCUUUAUCUAUGCUGCACUGGAUGUGGAAUUAUUUGGUAAAUUAGAAUGUACUAAUGAACGACCAUGUUUUGGACUUAAUAAACAUGUGUAUUUUAAAAAUUUUGGUGUGCCAUUUUUAACAUCAUUUCGUAUUGCAACUCGUGAUAAUUCGAAUGGUAUUAUGAAAA